GUUAGAUUUGACAAGAUAUUUUGAUCGCGAUCAUCAUGAUCAAUGUUAAUAAUAAAGAAAGAUCAAAUUUUGUCCACCACACUUGAAACUGAAAUCAAUGUAGCCAUGAUAGAAUUGCUGUAUAAACAAAACGUUCUGAAAUGAACAGUUCUAGUUUACAUUUCAUGCCUGAAUUUUCCUAUUAAUAUUAAUAUUAUAAAAUAUUAAAAAAAAUAAUUCUAUGAUCAGUUUUAAACGUAAGCCUUAAAGUAAGUGACAAUCAAAGUUUUUUUUACUUUUAUUCGGAUUUUGUAGUUUGACUAUUUUUACAACUGUUGACGUACAUAAUAAAUAACAUAAUACAGAUCACUAAUAUACCCAUUCAUACAUCGCUAUUUCUAUAUUUACGUCAUAAACUAUGUAGGAGUCAGAUAUUCCUGUCCUACCAAAAAUAAUGAAUUCUAAAGGGCUAUUAUUUAUAACCUUAAAUAAGCCACUUUUGAAAAUAUACAAGCAAUUAAUGAUCAUUUUGCCCCAGUAUGGGGUUCCUCAGAAAUGUACAUUCACGAUCUCGCAUUUGAAAAAUCGAACACAAGACCUUUGAUUUCACGCUCGAAUACUUAACUCCUAGACCAGUGAGCUGGACAAACGUCUAAAACGGUCUAUAGACCCCUAUUUACGCUUUCUCAUGAAAGCACCUCAUGGACCAUCUUUCCUAAUAAUAAGAACCAAAAUACUCCAACAUGGUAUCGAAUAUUAUAAAUGAAAGACUAACGAACUGAGAUCUAUAUCUGUUGAUAAACUUCAACAAUUUAACUGGAUGAAAUGAAGUACGCUUUGCUACAUAGUGAAAAUCAAUGAAUAAUGCGUAAAUAAAUAUUAACCUAUCAUUCUUACAUCCUUUUUAACUCAUAUUGUAAACAAUAAUGACGUACAUUUGGUUGUCCAGCCAUCUAUUAUGUCUUUGAAAACCAAUUUGAUUGACAUAACAACAAAAACAUGCAACCAUUGUAUAUGUGAACAUUUUUAGCGAUCUUCACAUAUUCUGAGAAGUAAGAUUUGCAGCAACCAGACAAAAAGAUUAAAUUAUUCUCGUCCAUAUUCUAAGGUCAUAAAUGAAUAUUGAUUUUUAUAUAAGAACUGAAUACACAUACAUACAUAUACUUUAUUUGAUUUCAUUUAUUCACUUUACAAAUUCAUAUUCAACAUUCUAGCAUAAUUUGUUAAUUAUUUAGUACAUACUCAUUUUGUAGCUCUAUUCAGUAAUUUAAGUUGUUACAUUGAAGAAACUCUUUUUUGGCUGAAGAGCAAAUGGUUGGGAUAAUUUUUUAUUUCAAUCGUUGAAGAUUUUACAAUUAUUACCUUCAUUUUUUUAUUACGUAAUUCAUAUUUUUUUAAAUUUUAGAUGUUUAGGUGUAAGUUAGAAUUUUAAUCUCCAAGCCGAUAAAUAUUUUCAUCUGACCGGUAUGUCGGUUCCAGUUUGUUCAAUCAACAGUACAGGUGAUAUUUAUCUAUUAAAUCAGGAUUUAAUCAAUGCAGCAAAUACUGCUAUAUAUUUAAAUACUCAAAUGAAUUCAAUGGAUUAUUCAACAUUCAAUAUUACAGAAUUAAAUUAUUUUAAAUUAAAUAGUUUACCAUUAUUUGAACAAUAUAUUAAUUUACAUGGUACAUCACAUAUGUCUUAUUGUUCACGUGUUACAAGUUUUAAAUCCAAUUUUUAUUUACGUAAUAUUUUACAAACUUAUUUACAACCAUUUGUUAUAUUCUUUACAAUUAUUACAAAUUGUUUAAUAUCAAUUGUAUUAAAUUAUCCAACAAUGCGUAAUUCAACAAAUAUUAUAUUAUUAGGUAUAGCUAUAUGUGAUUUAUUAACAGUAUUAUUACCAUUACCUGUAUAUUUAUGCUUUUUAACAAGUAAUUUAUUUUCAGAAAAUUUAACAAUAUCUAAAGGAUAUAGUGUAACUUAUUUAACAACAAUACUUCCAACAGUAUGUCAUACAUCAUCAAUAUGGUUAACAGUAUUAUUAGCAUUACAAAGAUUUAUUUAUGUACAAUUUCCAUUAAAAGCAAAUCGUAUUUGUUUAUGUCAAUGGAGAUCAGUUCAGUUAUUAAUUAUUUUAACUGUAUUAGCUGGAUUAUUAUUACAAUUACCGCAUAUGAUUGUAAUGCAUUUUAUUAAUGCAAUAGAAUAUUGUUUUUUAUCAACUACAUCAUCCUCACCAUCAUCAUCAUCAUCAUCAUCCUCACCACCAUCAUUAUCAUUAUAUACACCAAUAAAUUCAUCAAUAACAAUAUCAAAUUAUUUAUUUAAUUCACAAUUUAUUUCUUAUUUAUUUAAUACUACUAAAAAUAUAAAUAAUUAUAAUUAUAUAAGAUUUCAAAAAAUUAAUUUAAUGAAAUGUACACCAAUGAGUCAAACAAUAUUUUUUACAUUAUUAAUAAUACGUGUAUUAAUUGUUAAUUUAAUACCAUGUAUUAUGUUAACUAUAUUAACUGGUUUAUUAAUUAUGGCAUUAAGACGUUUUAUACAAAAUAGACAAAAAUUAUUAAAAAUCAAUAAUACUAAUGAUAAUAAUAAUGAUAAAAAAUCAAUAACAUUUUAUAAAAAUAAUAUAAAUUCAUAUAUAAUCAAUAAAAAAUAUAAUGAAAUUAAUAAAUUAGAAAAAUCAGAUCAAUCUAAUGAAAAUCAAUUAAAUUUAUUUAAUAAUGAAAUAAAAUUAACAAAAAAUAAUAAUUUUCAAAAAAAAUCAUUACGUAAUCAUUUAACUGAUACUGAUUCUACAUCAAAAAUGAUGCUUGUUAUAUUGGGAAUAUUUUUAUUUACAGAAAUACCAACUACAAUAUGUUUAUGUAUUUAUGCAUUUAUAACAUUAUUAGAUAUAUAUCCACCAUCAGCAUUUUAUCAAAUUGUUGAAAUCUGUAAUUUUCUGGUAAUAUUAUCAUAUCCGGCAAAUUUUUUUGUAUAUUUGGCUAUGUCAAGACAAUUUAAAAAUACAUUCUGGAAAAUAUUCUAUCAAUUACGUCGUAAUAAUAAUAAUAAUCGUACUACUAUUGAACAAUGAAAUUGGAAAUUUCAAUGUCAGCUCCUUUGAAUACGGGACUAAUUAUUGUUAAUUUUAAAUUGAAUGCAAAGGUGUUUUGUUUUUUUUCGCUUGUUUUUUCAUGCCAUAUUAACAGUAAAUGAAUAGAACAUUUUUGCAUACUCUUUCUUUUCUCCUCAUCAGAACAUAAUGUUUAACAUAUAGUUCAAAUGAAUUAUUGUUAUUAUUAUUAUUAGCUUUCCUCCUAAUUUCAUUUGUAUACAUGGAAUAAAGCUAUUUGUAUUAACUUGUUUUGAUCAUUAAUAUUAUGACAAAUUGAAUUGUAUGUUUCCAAGUGUUUACUUCAAUAAGUUAUGUAAGAUAAUAUUACAGAUCCAUGUUUGGCUGUAGAUACUAGUGUGGUAUGUGUUACUGUUAGUAAUAUGUAUCAUCAAUCAAAAGUAAUAUGCCUAGAGGCAGAAGGUAAAAAAGAUCAAAGAAAAGUGAAUGAUAAUAAAGAAUGAUUGGUAUAGAAAUGAAAGAACAAUAGAGUUUGAAACGAUUGAUUGAUAUUUUACAAAUGAAGUAUUUACUGUAUGAUUCUCAGAUUUUACUAAGAUAUUCUGUAAUUUUGUAUUCAAAUACAUUUGAUUGUCUCCA